GGAUGUGUAAUGAAGAGGGGGCUUCCCCGGCACCUCGAGGCACGCAGAGCGGGGCAAAUGGCGCCCAGAAGCCGGCAGGGGCCCGGGCUGGCGGGGCAGCACCUGCGGGGCGCCGGGAUGGGCGGGGGGGGCGCUGAGGGGAACGACUCGCACCUCUCACGGGGGGAGCAGCCGCGGCGGGGAGAGGGAGGAGGAGAAAAGGAAGCCGAGCAGAGGGGCUGAGGAGAAGCGGGAGGGAAGGGAGCCGGGGUCUAGAGGAGGAGCUGAGCGCAGAGAGGCGGCGGCGGGCAGGGGCUCAGUCGGGCCACGAGCUGACGGCCGCCGGAGCGGCGGGCGGGAGGCGGCGGGGGGCAGGUGCGGGAGCCGCCUACGGCCGCAGGGCGGCGGCCGCCCGCGGGGCGCGGGGGGGGUGUCGGCUCGGCGCCCCGGCAGCGCGGCGGCGGCCCCCGGGCCCUAUGGUGCCGAGGCGGGACCCGGCUCCGGCUCGCCGCCUUCGAACGGGGCCCGCGGAGCGGCGCGGGGCGGCGGAGCCCGCCGGCGCCGGCACUUGGCCGGCAUGAGGAACCUGCCGAUCCUCCUCCUCUCGCUCUGCUGGAGCCUGGGGCCGGUGAAUGGUGUUCAUCCAGAAUGCAGAUUUCAGCUGGAGAUUCACAAGGAGGAAACAAGGUGCAUGGAACUUCUAAAGAAUGCAAAGCCAGUGGACUACAAAGGAUGUGUUGGAGUUUGGGAUAACAUCACCUGUUGGCGUCCUGCAAAGAUUGGAGAGACUGUCACUGUCCCUUGUCCAAAAGUAUUUAGCCUUUUUUCUGGCAAACCAGGAAAUAUUAGCAAAAAUUGUACAAGUAAUGGAUGGUCAGAUAUUUUUCCUGACAUCUUAAGUACUUGUGGAUAUAAUGACUAUGAAGAUGAUUAUAAGGUCAACUUCUAUGUAAGGGUGAAGGCAAUUUAUACCCUUGGACACAGCGUAUCUCUCAUUGCUCUUACUACAGGAAGUAUAAUUCUUUGCCUUUUCAGAAAACUUCAUUGUACGCGGAACUACAUCCAUCUGAACCUGUUCCUCUCUUUCAUUCUAAGAGCAAUCUCUGUUUUAGUCAAGGAUGAUAUUCUCUAUUCCAGCUCCAACACAGCUCACUGUCCGGAGGAUCAAACCUCAUGGGUGGGCUGCAAGGCUAUUUUGGUGUUUUUUCAAUAUGGUGUUAUGGCAAACUUUUACUGGCUCUUAGUUGAAGGACUUUACCUCCACAUCCUCCUUGUGCUAAUAUUCUCCCCCAACAGACACUUCACAAUCUACCUGCUGAUUGGAUGGGGAAUUCCUACCAUAUUCAUUAUUAUGUGGACAGUGACACGGAUAAUCUUAGAGGACACUGGUUGCUGGGAUACAAAUGAGCAUGGUGGUCCCUGGUGGGUUAUACGAAUACCAAUUUUAAUUUCUAUUAUAGUGAAUUUUAUACUUUUCAUUAGUAUUAUAAGAAUUUUACUGCAGAAGUUAAGAUCUCCAGAUGUUGGAGGAAAUGACCAGUCACAGUACAAGAGACUUGCAAAAUCCACAUUGUUGCUUAUUCCGCUAUUUGGAGUUCACUACACAGUGUUUGCUCUCUUUCCUGACCGCAGUUCCAAUUAUUAUAAAAUAAUCUUUGAGUUGUGUUUGGGAUCUUUUCAGGGGUUGAUUGUUGCAGUCCUGUAUUGUUUUUUGAACAGUGAAGUGCAAGGGGAGCUGAAAAGAAAAUGGCGGAGUUUGUGCUGGAAGCAGACAGCAGGCAGAGAUUACAGACUCCACAGCUCUUCAAUUUCUCGAAAUGGAUCAGAAAGCAUUUCUCAGCUCCACCGGAAUUCAAGGGCUCAGUCAUUUAUGCAGACAGAGACCACCAUGAUAUAAAUCAGCUAGGUCCCCCAAAACAUGAAAAACUGUGGGAUAUAUCAUUCAUUAUGCAGCUUGAUGUGAUAUUUUCUAAAAUGUACAGUUUAGUGCUUUGCUUUUCUACAUGUUGGUAUUUGGGAAAUUGGUUUGUGCAGCCAACCAGUUAGUAACAGAAACACCUGCCCCGUGGAUGCUUUCUGUUUUUUUUUAAUGGUAUUCAUAUUAAUUCUGAUGGUCUCUUGCUGUUUACUAGCCAUAACUAUUCAAAAACUCAUUUACUGUAAUGGUCCCUUUACCCUCCAACAUGUCUACAAGAUGGAUGUAUGGUAUCCUGUUCAAUGCAGACUGCUUUGGUACAUAUUGAAAAGGUUAAGAUGGGAAGCAAGAAAAUUUCUCACAAUUUAUUUAUACUUAAGGAAACAUUUCUUUCCUUAAGGAUUAGGAAAUUCUUUCCUAAUUAUGGAAAAUAAAAUAAAAAUAAAGAAUUGUAAGACUAUAAUUAACCGCACUGGGAGUUUAGUGUGCUAAUCCACGAAAUCAACAUUAUUUAUACAGAGGGAAAAAAGGUAGUACUUCUCAGCUAAUUGUAUAAAUUUCAAAGAUUACUUUCUACACAGUUUGAUCUCAAUCCUGUUCUUCGUUUCGGAAGUGCCAGGUUUUAUGUUUACGUGCAGAAAGUAGGGCUACCUUUGCAGUCCAUACAGAAAAGGCUACUGUAAUAGUUUUGAUUAAAACAGCAUUUUCCAGUAGUGCUAUUGUAAUCACCAGUUAUUCUCUUCUGUUUAAAAUUAGAGAUUUGUGUUGAUCUUUUAUUAAACAAUUUUCUGAAGAGGUGCUUUUUUGCUAGAGCAGUCUGGCAUAGGAUAAACAGCCUUGGAUAGCAUAUUACCCAUAGAAAAUAUCAUUUUUAUAUAAUAUUUUCAUCGAAAUAUGUCUCUAGAACUACAUAGUUGGCAGCUAAAACAAGGAAUAUUGCAAUAAAGUUACAACUACCAUUUAAGGAAUAAUGUAAAUUCUUUUAGCUUAAUUCUCUUCUGUAGCUAUCAUCUGAGCUGAUUUAAAAUUUACUCCUGACCAUGACUCCAGCAAAAAUAAUUAGAAUCCCUAAAAAUUACCAUAAAAGGCAUAAAUAGAAGAAAUUCUCAACAGCGCCAAGCCUCUUAUGUAGACACUUUGUAAAAAAAAAAAUUACAUAGAACUGACAGAUUCUUAUAAAUACACACAGAACAUUUGCACUCUUUAAAAGAAAUAAACCCAAUGAUGUUUACUUCCCAUGUCAUGUUUAAUCAUGUCCACUCUAAAUAGCAAGUGGGAAUAAUAUAUAUUUGCAUGAGUACCUCUGAUCCAUAAAAGCAAUUGCCCUGAUAUUUCAGAUAACAGAUUGUAUGGAGCUAGCAGAACCUAAGGUCCAUAACAUUGCCAGGGAAAGGGAAGAACAGCAGCAAGGGCAUGUCUUGGCAGGCAUACAUGUACAUUCUUGAAAAUAUUACCAGUACUGGGAAUGUUGUUGACAGCCAUCAAAGUGUCCAUACACCUCUUGGUUUGAUUUAAUUUAGCUAUUUAUCAGUCAAACACAAUUUAUUUUAAUGGGAUUACCCUGGAGUGAUGCAAAGUUAUGUCAAACCAAAGACAGAAAAGGCCCUGUGGUUUACAUAAGUACUGCAGAACCGGUACCUGUGAGUGUUACAUGACACCAACCUUUACAGAGUAGGAAUCAUUUGAGUUAAACAAUAAUCACUUGAUGACUUUUUACUUUGCCAAAGUUUACUUUAAAAAAGCUAUUGAUCACCUUCAGUCAUUCAGGGUGUUUUCUGCUCUCACUUGGUGAAGUAAUUAUGAGAUUCUGGAGUGAAGUAGGCUACCCAAUGACAGCCCCAUAGGGUCAAAAGAUACACCCCUACACAUGUAUUUAAACCAAAUAUAUUCCCAAAGGCUUUAGACUCAGAAACCACUGCUAAACUUUAUUAUUAUUCCUGGGUCUCUGAACAACCUUAUCAACAAACUCAACUGCAAAUAUGUGAAGACACACUGGAGCUUUGGGGGCUGCUCCUAUACCUAAAUAAAUUUAGGCUUCUUUGUCUGAAGUGGCAUUGGGACUGCUCAGCUCCCUGAGAUGUGACUUUCAGGAUGUACUUUUUUCCCAAAAUUUCUAGGGUAGAACAAACAUUCAGGCAUACUCAUCUUUGUGUUCAAAGGAGGUUCUUUGAGUGAGUUGGCACACAGACAGAAUGAUGGUAUAGAAAUAGAGAUGUCAAGCAGUCAGUUCCAUCAGUCUGUUCUGCAUGAUGCAUCACCAGUUAUACAUGUUUAUAAUUCAUUGUAUCCUAGAGAAAACUAUCUUUGUUCUAAUUAGGUGAGCAUGGAGAAAAUUUGCAUUUUAAUGAUUUCUGAAUUAUAAAACAGAAAAGCUUAAAUAAGAAAAUACAUUUUAAGUUGCAAUGAAACAGCAUAGUUUCCUUUAACAGGGCGCAGAUGCAUUUGGACUUGAUUCUACUUUUCAUGUAGGGAGUAAUGCCAUGUGAGACAAUGAAGUUGCACCAGUGGGAGAACAUAGAUGGUAUCACUAGGUUUGUAAAGGACUAUGUGGGCAUGCAAAGAAUGGCAUACAAGGGAGGGAGGUGCUGCAUAUAUUUUUCUUUCAAACCAGUGAAAAAUGCAGUACUUUGUAGAACCUUAUCCCUAUAUUAAAAAUCAUAGAAUCUAAAUACAGAAAAUACGUUUUCUGUGAGACGGUUUAACAUCCUAAUGCCUUGUGCAAGCACUUCAUGUCAGUAAAGGCCCAGAGGGCACUGUGCUCACUUGUUUACACUCCCAGAAAAUUAUGAUUUCUAAAUAAUUUUAUGGAAAGUUAUAGCAUCAACCCCAUCAUCACCUGUUUGACUUUCAGCUGCCUUUUCACGAAACCGAUAGACAUCAUAUUAAAAUGUAUAUAAAUGCUGCAGAACAGUUUGACAAAUCUAGUGCUUGAUCAAUGUUUUGCAUCUUUACAACACCCAGAAACAAGGUAGUUUCUCAUGGCUUUGUCUUUCAUUGCAUUUUGCACAGGGGGGUGGAGUUAAAUGCUCCUGCUCUGUGCUGUGGUGACUCUGAGUCAAAAGAACAAUGCAAGAAAACAUCAUUUGGCCACCUGUCAUCCCUAAACCUAGUUCUCACUCAGUCCUAGCAGCAUCAGGGGAGGAGGCAGAGGCAGCAAGAGAAGCAUAUGCUUUCCCAGCACGGCCUUGUCACAUAGUGCUCCUCCCUUUCUUUAUUCCUUUACGGCCUUUCUCCCUUUGGUUGCAUCAGGGUCCAAACUGAGUUGUAAAGUCUUCAGAGCAGGAAACUGUCUUUUUGUCCCCACUGAAAAGCCAGUAGCGCAUCAUGUAAAGCUACUGAACAAGAACGGUAAUACAAUUCACUCUCAUAUUGUGGUUACUUGUUGUACUUUACUUUCCUUGGAGCUGCCAGGGCAGAACCAUUCAUUCUGAGUGAUUUUUAUCAGCGUUGCCUUCUGCCGAUGCCUGAGGGACACAGUGGCAGAUUACUCCCCAGUUACUAACCAUGAUCAAAAUUUAAAUAUAUAGCAAGUGUUGACUUAAAUUUUCCUCUGCAGAGUGGAUUUCAGCUAGGUGCUCAAUAAACUCAGGUGAAAUUCAUCUGCCCUAGUUUCAGUAUCUAAAAGCUGGAUGUCUGUGUCUAAGCUAAAGACUCUUUUUAAGUGCCUUCCAUAGUCAUCAUAGAGAAAUAGGCACUAGUUGAAGAUGAUUCAUCCCAUGUUCAGCUGGGCACCCAAAGUAGGUAAGCUGAAUCACCUUCUUCUCUAUACUUACUAUACAAUGAGUCCAGGGUAGCUGGCUAGUACUUAGAUUUCUCACUCUACAUCUAAAAUUAGGUAAAAUUAAUCUCUCCAGAAGAGGCCAUUCAGUUAUCUGGCUAAUAUUACCCAGUUACUCCUUUGUAAGCCAAGUAACUUGGGCUGGCCAAAGUUACCCUGCAAGAAAUGUGCAGGGUGAUUCAAAAGUUCAGGCAAUGGAGGAUCCCUCAGUUCAUUUGGUAGAGUGUCUCUGUGGCUGACUGCCUUCCGUGAUAAAGCCAAUAGCCAUAUGUCCUGUUUUGAUUUGCCUGGCUUCAGCUUUCAACAGUUGUUUCUUGUUUUGGGUUAGGUGUUUGGCUUUUUGUCUUUUGUAGAGGGGUCAUAUGCUAAAACAAAGUGCUUUAGACUACCAGAAAUUUUCUUUAUGACAUGAAGUCUCUUCAAAAUCACUCCUUAAACCAUGUCUUGAUUUCCUUUCUGAGAAACUAAACAUCAAAUAUUUCAAAUUCUGACAGCGAGGCAUUUUUUUCAAAUACUCUUCCUGAUUCUGUUCUGUGCCCCAUUCCAUUAAUAAUAGCUUCGGCCAAGAGAAGCAAAGAAAAUAUUGCAGUAUCUCCUCCUCCAGGAGUGCACACACCAUUGACCAUAUUUCUCACUCCCACUUGCAGCUCACCUGGUCAUACCUUUGAAAUCUUUGACUUUACAUAGUCAAUUUAACUGACCAGGAACUGGCUAGUGACAUGCAAUGAGAUUAUUGCUGGCAUGUUUUUUGCCAUGUAAAUUAGUACCUUUUUAAAAUAUGUUGGCCUUGGUGUCUGGGUCAAGUGCAUUAAUGUGCUUUUCAAAAUAACCUUAGAUGUAUAGAGAGCACCCUUUUAGCCACUGAAAGCAGUGCUGGCUUUCAUGAAAUUUUAAGAAUUUGACAUGUAUUUAAGUAGUCCAUGCACUGCAUGCUGGAGUGCAUGAGAGCCCAACAGAUUGCACCUGAAUGGCGUGGUGAUGGGUGUUGCAGGGAGCCAGCUGAGGAAUUACCCAGUUUAGGCAUACGUUGGAAUUGUACUGUAGCAGCAAUACCUAAUUGGUGGCAAAAAGCACUACAAAAAGCCUUCUCAGUCAAGUUGGAGGCAGCCUGCCCCACUCUGUAGCAUCUACUUCAUGGCCUGAUGCACCGAAGACAGGCUUCCCUCUGCCUUUAACAUGAUGAAGGGGAAAGCAACACAUAUAGACCCUUAGAAAACCAGUGAAUCUGUCUGGGAUGGCUUUAUGAAAUAAGGCAUUGCCAAGUGCAAGUCUCACACUCCAUGCAGAAGGACUAAGAUGAGUCAUUUGCAUUAUUUGUCUCCUAUUUUUGUGAGUUCUAAAAAACAUCUUCUGUUGACUGUGAAUUUGUCCAUUUCAGCAAAGCGAUUGUGAAUAAAGUCCAAAUUCACUUUAUACGGGAUUUUUUCAGACAUCUCUAAUGAAAAAUCAAGCAUUAAAUGCAUCUGAUAAAAAUGAAGAACCGGCAAGUAACCUGUAGAGAAAUCUGCUAUGUAUAUAAGGGUUAUUGUCCAAGCAAUUACUGUCUCUGCAUAGUGAUACAGGAAAUACUUUUACUAACAAAAGUACCUUCAUGUUACCAUGAGUGCCUAUGUAAGCUGUGGGCUGUCGGUACUACCCUGACAUAACCAAAUAGCAGAGGUUAGUAUGCAGUGCUAUUCUGUUGAUGAAUAAAUAAAUAAAUAAUGUGUUCUAACAUGUAUGUUAUGACAGUACAUCAGGAUAACGUUUAAAAGGAGCAUUCUGUGAUAUGGUUUAACCACACUGUGGUGAACCUGGUUCUGCCCAAUGAUAAGAGUAUGUAGUUAAAUCUAAGUAAGUCAGUAACAUUUCCAUUGUCAGCUAAACCAGUGACUGAAAUGUCCCAACCCCCUUUAUUCCCCAAAGCACUCUAAUAAGUUUAUGAUAACCUGCAGCUGUUAUUUCCUGGCACAUUAGUAUGAUUAUUGCUUUGAAAUUCUCUUUUGUCAUCUUUCUCAGUAACUUUUUAUCUGUCAAGUACAGUAAAAUUUAAAGAUGAUGUAAAUGAAUGUGAUUAUUUUUUACAAAAUGUACAGACUAUGAUGUUGUAUAGAUAAUGGGUGUAAAUAGAUCUCCUUUUCAUACUGUAAUUCACUAUACUUCUGGUUUUGCUCUUCCGUUCUUUUCUGUUUUCAGUUUUUAAUGUCACAUACCUAACGCCUUCUCUGAGAUAUGUUAUGUAUAAAGCUGUGAACAAAUAAGCGUUUACAUCUUUAUGCUAUUAGAGAUAAUAGUAGUUAAUAACACCAUAAUGGACUGAAAAGGAAUCAGAGAAUAAAAAUUUUAGAAGUUUUGCA